GGCUCGUUAGCUUCCUCUCGAAUUGCCUCCCAACGAAUGCUGGGUUUGAUGCUCGCAUAAUCCUCCUCUCAGAGAAAAACUUUACUGGAGACCAACAAGCAUCAAGCAUCAAGCUUUUAAAAAAGCGUCUCGUCCAUCUACAAGCUACUACACUGCCCCGUCGUCGUGUCUUUACCGUCCGUCUCCUCUCCUCCUCUGUCUCUGCUUAUCCACUCUAGCCACUACAUCGUCUCAUCUCUUCAUCGCUCCUUCCUGCCGCCCUCAAGUAAGAUGUCUUCUUCGACCGGUUUGGAACUCGACUUUGGAUUCGGUGGUCUCUUGGACGCUGGUAUGGCCACUGGCACCAACACUGGAAGUACUGCUGGUGGUUUUGCUUCAGGCCUCUCUGAAUUCGGUGGUGGCUCGGUGCCUCACACAAAUGGUGACUUUUUGAGUACCCUGUUCGACUCUACUUCAGUGCCUGGUGUUGGCGUUGGCGUUGGCGUUGGAGGAGUGCCAUCGGCUGCUUCUUGGCAGAAGAAAGCGCUCCUCGAUCAACAGCAGCAACAGUUGCAACAGGAACAGAAUAGCUUGAAUGCUCUCUUGAGCCAGCACAACAGCACUAACGCUGCCUCGGCUACAGCUGCGGCUCCUGGUGCUUCGAGCGCCUCCAAUCCAUUUGGUGGCUUUGCCACUCGCGAAGACCUUGAGACUCUUUCCUUGAACGCUGCUGCUGCUGCCAAUGGAACCACCGCGGCAGCCGCCGCUGCGGCCACUCAGCAAGCACAGCAAAAUGCAGCCUUUGGCUCGCAUCAUCAGAUGGCAACCAACACCUCUCAAGCUGUCUCUGGCAACUACAUGUUUGUUGCUACCAUUGUGGACCCUAACCAAGAAGAUGCCCCUCCCCAACAGAUGCUCUUUCUCCCAGGCUCAAACCAAGUCAUUCCCAUGCCCUCCUCACAAGCGCCAGGAACAGCAAGUGCCACAGCCGCUGGAUCGACGGCUUCUGGUCUCUCUCCUAUGAUGGCUCUUGCGAACCUGCCGGUGGUCUUCCCUCAAGCUGGAGCCUCAGCGACAUCAGCGAGUGCAAACUCGAAUGCUGCUGCUACUGCUUCGCCUUCUGUGACCUCCAAGACCGACUCCUUUCCACCGUUGCUAGAGGCUGCCGCUGCUGCGACCAACAACGCCGCACGUUCCCGCAAGGGAAAUGCUGACUUGGGACUUUCCAUCAACAGUCCAUGGUCGACACUGCACAGCCAGCAGCAGCAACAGCAAGGAUUCUUCAGCAACUGGAACGGUAGCAACAUGGUGGGAGGGUUGAGCACUGUCAACCCCCUCAGCAGCCUGGAGGAUGUAUAUGCAUCGUCCGCGGCAGCUGCGCAGUCCCUCACGGCCCCACCUACGCCCCUGGAACUGGCGACGCUCGGUAUCUCGGUUGAUCAGCAGCAGCAGCACGGAUUUCCCAGUUUCAAAGCAACGGAAGUCGCCCAAGUGCCCGCGGCUGCAGGAAGACGCAACGACGGCGCCAAUGCUGGUAAGGCUGCUCAGGCCAGCAGUAUGCCCAUUCGGCCUCUCAGUGCCUACAACUUCUUCUUUUCGGACGAACGAGAACGUAUUCUGCAGAAUCGCACCGACGAAAACGACGUCUUUGAUUCGGCCAAGAAACAGCGUCUCUUGCUUGCGCAUCUUGCCAAGGACCGCACUAAGCGCAGGCCUCAUCGCAAGACUCAUGGUAAGAUCAACUUUACCACGCUCUCGAAGCUCAUUGGCCAGCGCUGGAAGCAGUUGCCCGACGAACGCAAGAACUUUUACAGAGAAGUGGCGGCUAUUGACCUCGAACGAUACCAGAGAGAGCUCAGAGAGCGAUCCCCAUCCUCGUCCGCCGUUGAGGCGUCAAUGUGAGCCUCUUUGGAUUGGAUGAUACCGGUAUGAUGGAAGCCCGAAACCCAUCGGCUCGCCGACGGUCUUGGCUGCUCUCUUUCACCGAAGUCAUCUGUGUCCUGAUGCCGUGUACAGACGCAUCCACCUUUGCGUACUCUUUCACACUAUUUAUGCAAACUCCCAUGCUUCAAUCAAUGCUCCAACUAAUUGAAGUCAGAAUCCUUCGCCCGACUGAACGAAUAAUCCUUCAUGCAGGCAAAAUGUCGUCACCUUUAAUGCCAUGUACAUUGUCACAGAUUCCAAAUGUUGUUGUACAUAAUAACUAAUAAUUAAUUGAACAGCAGAUUACGAAAACUGGAAAGAUUCAUCGUCUGAUGCUUUGCCCACAGUUCAUACUUUAACAGUAUCGAAAAAAAAUCCAUUUUUGUGCCUCAG